CAAUCCGAACUUUAAAGCGCAGUUGUAAAAAAAACUUUGUCGCCCGCAUAACAUAACUGGAAUAAAAUAUAGUCAUACAGCAGCAGGACAAUUUUGUUCAACAAGGAAGUAGCUAACCGUCUCCAUUUAGUUAGCUAAAAAGCGUAUUUGACAACGUUAUUUUUGUUUGCUACAGUAGCUAACUGACGUUAAGUCAUUCGUCAUCGAAGCUGUGCAGUGCAACGACCUGCUGUGAAUUUUUAUGUAACUGUAACGUUGGAUACUUACAUGCUUAGGGACCUUAUCCUGUGGACGGAAGGAUAUCGUUUCAGCAACUACCACUUACUCUGUCCCUCUGUUUGGCCCAAACUGCUUAUCACUGCAACGCUCAGGAAUACCCACGUCAUAACCGGGAAGCAGCUAUGCAGCUUGAAAUCCAAGUAGCACUUAACUUUAUUAUUUCCUACUUGUACAACAAACUCCCCAGACGGCGUGUGAACAUCUUCGGGGAGGAGCUCGAGAGGCAGCUGAAGAAGAAGUACGAUGGCCACUGGUACACGGAUAAGCCAUACAAGGGCUCUGGGUACAGGUGCCUCCACGUAGGGGAGAAGGUGGACCCUGUGGUGGAGCAGGCAGCCAAGGAGAGCGGCCUGGAUUUGGACGACGUCCGGGAUAAUCUCCCUCAGGACCUAAGUGUGUGGAUUGACCCCUUCGAGGUGUCCUACCAGCUUGGCGAGAAGGGGCCGGUCAAGGUGCUGUAUGUGGAUGAUAACAAUGAGAACAACGGGUCCGAGUUGGACAAGGAGAUCAAGAACAGCUUCAACCCAGAGGCCCAGGUCUUCAUGCCCAUCAGUGACUCUAUCGGGACCUCUUCUGAGUCCAGCUCUCCUUCACCCCCUUUCGGGCAAUCUGCGGCCAUUAGCCCCUCGUUCAUGCCGCGCUCCACCUAUCCAAUAACCUUCACCACCGCCACCUUUGCCGCCACCAAGUUUGGCUCCACCAAGAUGAAGAUCUCCGGCCGCAACAACAACAAUGGUAACGGCAACAAGGUGGCCCGCACCUCCCCAACCAAUGACCUGGGGCUGAAUGUGAACACCCUAAUGAAGCACAAAGCCGUUUCCACCUCCAUGUACUCUCUGUACGGCCUGGGCCAGCAGCAGAAUGCCUCUGCACUCUCUCCUAAUGCUAAGGAGUUUGUGUUCCCCAGCCUCCAGGGUCAGGGGAGCUCCGGGGGCGUGUUCCCCAGCCUCCAGGGUCAGGGGAGCUCCGGGGGCGUGUUCCCCAGCCUCCAGGGCCAGGGGAGCUCCGGGGGCGUGUUCCCCACCCUCCAGGGUCAGGGGAGCUCCGGGGGCGUGUUCCCCAGCGAGGGCUCUCUCAGCCUCAGCCCGCUGCAGUACAACGAUGCCUUUGACGUGUUUGCGGCCUACGGAGAUCUCAACGACAAGACCCUCAAUGAUGGGCUGAACUUCAACCUCAGCAACAUGCAGUAUUCCAAGCAGCAAUUCCAGUCGGUCAUGGCUAACUAAACCUGACACUAGGACUUGAACAUGUUAUUUCUUAAUGACGACGGUAGCUUGAAGGGAAGCAUUACGAAGAACUGGACUUUCAAGGAACCUCUUGAGGAGCUUUUUAUCUAGUUAUGGAAGCAGCAUGUGUCCAAGGGUGCUUUUUCUCUGUCCCAUUGAGUUUUUUUUUACUAAAAGUUUGUUGUACGAACACGUCCAAGCUUGAUUACUUAAAUUCAACAUCCAUAGUUGUUUUUUUUUUUUGUUUUUUUUGUCAACCGAGCACAAAAUAUAUUUUUGUACUAUGUUUGAAAUACAAAAAAAUACUCCAUUAACAUGGAUUUAAAAAAAAUUCAAAAGAUGUUUCUGUCCUCUUAGUGUUUUACAUGUGUUAGGACAUGGCAGAUUUUGUAUGACUUUGCACUACUAAAUGGGGAUACUUGGUCUUUUUCUACUUGUGUAAUUUAAUUUAGUACAGAGUUUAAGAUCUCAGAGUAUAUAUUGUUUCUUUGACAUGGCAGUGCAUCUAUAUUUUUUACUACUGCAGUGAUGGCUGCGGCAGCUUGUCAUUGUUUAUUUUAUUAGUAGUAUUUUUUUUAUUUUUAGGUAAAGAAUUGUCUUUCAAAAUCCCAUCUACAGCUGCAUCAUCCUGACGGGUUGGUAUCCAUACUGCCUGGUUCGGCCUCUGGCAACUGUUCGGCCGCAAGGCACUACAGAGGGUAGUGCGUACGGCCCAGUACAGAGUAUUCUAAAGAUUGCGUACAGAGUUUUCCUUCGUGGUGGAAUUUCAUGUGCAACAAGAGUUGUAUUUUCUCUUAAGAGUUGAAAGAUUUUGCUAUAUUAUGUACAAAAAAAUGUAAAUUGUAUACAUUUUAAUUUUGUACCUACAUUGUGUAAUACUUGAUAAAAAAAAAAAAAAACGCUAUAACAAAGUAUUUUUUUUGUCCGUGUCUUAGAUGUCAAGAGGGACUGGAAUAGUUUAUUGUUUUGUAUUAAAAAUGCUUAAAUUAUGUUUCUCUUUUUACAUUUUUUUUAAAAAUAUUUGCACCCUGGUCUUUUUAAUAAAUUAAACUACAGUCAAAA